UAAGCAUCGACAGUGCAAGUCUGUAAGAGCAUAUACUUCAUCCUUUACAGUCUAAGAAUACACACUUGCUAUAAUAAACAUGGCCGCCGUCGAUGCUAAUGCACCUGCUAUGCAGAAGCCUAAAAAGUCUCUGCAGGAGAUCUUAACCGCCGCUGGCAAGCGAGCAAUUGGUGGUGGAGUGCCUGGGGCUGUUGCGAUGGGAAUCAACGUCACAAGUCUCAUGUGGUUGAGGACUACAAUGAACUACCAAUACCGCUACGGUACAUCGACGACAGAAGCCUUCAAGCACUUAUACAAAGAGGGCGGUAUCCGUAGGUUUUACCGUGGUUAUGGACCGGCUCUCUUCCAGGGUCCUCUGUCCCGCUUCGGAGACACGGCAGCAAAUGCGGGUGUGCUGGCUCUGUUGGACUCGUACGACACGACGUCCAAUCUGCCAGUGGGUGUGAAGACCAUCUUUGCCAGUGCUGCGGCGGCGACUUGGCGCGUGUUCCUCAUGCCUGUCGACACGCUGAAAACCACUAUGCAGGUCGAGGGUGCGAAGGGCGUGUCACAAUUGAGGGGAAAACUGUCCUCCGGAGGCCCAAAAGUGCUAUACAGUGGGGCAAUCGCGGCAUCCGGUGCGACAUUUGUCGGUCACUACCCCUGGUUCUUCGUAUAUAACUUGCUGCAAGAGAAGCUUCCUAAGGCAGAGAAAGAUGAAACGCUCAAGAAACUAGGCCGUAAUGCGGUCAUUGGGUUCUGCGCGUCAGUGGUGUCCGACACAUGCUCCAAUUCCAUCCGUGUCGUAAAAACGACAAAACAGACCGCGGCUGUACAAAUGUCGUAUCCGGAGACGGUGAAAAUGGUCAUCAAACAGGACGGUUUGAUAGGACUUUUCGGGCGUGGUCUGAAGACUCGAAUCCUGGCCAAUGCCAUGCAGGGUAUGCUCUUCUCGGUGCUUUGGAAGGCUCUAGAAGAACAGUGGAACAAAGAUAGAUAGAGAACCCAUAUUCCUAUCUUGUCACGAGCACAUCCUGGCUUUUAUGUACCAUAUAUACGCGACAGCGGUGUUCAUCCGCCCAUGAUAUCACCCGGCUCAAAAUACUAAUAGCCGCUGUGUGGUCCUAAGAGUAGAGCGAGUGCGUCUCAGGAAAGGUGCGUAGUAACAUAUACUCAGACCUACCCGAGCAAUGGGACUGAACUGGCUGCGACGGUGUCGGUUGGCCUACCCUCAACUAGGACUGGUUGUGUUUGUGUGGAGUUCCCAAGUCCCGCUGCUGAGUAUAACAAUUCACAAAUACCAUACAAUUUAGAAAGUCACUUUGCUGCGCGCAAACAUGUAUACAAUAAAAGAUUAAUCCUGGCA